AUGAGAGACAGUAAUAAUAAUAAGGUAGUUGUUGCUGCUAAGGGUAAGAAGAAACAGUCCAAGAAAGGAAUGGGUUCUCUCCGAACAGUCUUCAUGCAUGCCGAUGCUAUCGAUAUAUGUCUUAUGGCUUUGGGGAUUAUUGGUGCUGUUGGUGAUGGUGUCUCUCUGCCUGCAUUGUUCUACGUUAACAGUCUUGUGUUCAAUAGUUUUGGUUCAGCAACUACAGGCAAUUCUUCAUUCUUUGUGAAUGAUAUCAAUAGGAAUGUGUUGAUUCUAAUUUACUUGGCAUGUGCAUGUUAUGUUGUUGCUUUCUUUGAGGGAUAUUGUUGGGCAAGAACAGGAGAGAGACAAGCAACAAGGAUGAGAGCUAGGUAUUUGAAGGCAGUUUUGAGGCAAGACGUGUCUUACUUUGAUCUGAAAGAGGGAAGCAUGACUGAUGUUGUCAGCAGCGUCUCCGACGAUACCCUUGUAAUUCAAGACUUCCUCAGCGAGAAGGUACCAAGAAUAUUAGCAAACUUCGCAGGGUUCGUAGGAUGCUAUGUGGUAGCUUUUGUGCUAAUGUGGAAUCUAGCCAUAGUGGGAUUCCCAUUUAUAGUUCUCCUUAUAGUGCCAGGAUUUGUAUGUGGGAGGAUUAUGAUGAGUUUGGCAACAAAGAUGAGGACAGAGUAUAAUAAGGCUGGUAGCAUUGCUCAGCAGGCCAUAUCUUCUAUAAGGACUGUUUACUCAUUUGUUGGAGAGAACAAGAUCAUGUCUGAGUUCUCUGAAGCACUUCAAGGGUCGGUGGAGUUAGGGUUGAAGCAAGGUUUGGCCAAGGGUUUUGCUAUUGGAAGCAAUGGUAUUAUGAUUUCUAUUUGGGCUUUCAUGGCUUGGUAUGGAAGCACUCUAAUUAUGUAUCAUAAUGCAAAGGGAGGGACUAUUUUUGCUGUUGGCCUCUCAGUCCUCUUCGGUGGCAUGUCUCUAGGCAGUGCCCUAAUGAACAUAAAGUACUUGUCUGAAGCUAUGUCAGCUGGAGACCGUAUAAUGGGGACAAUAAAAAGGGUACCUGAAAUUGAUUCAGAGAACAUGGAAGGUCAAAUUUUGGAGAAUGUAUUGGGGGAAGUUGAAUUCAAAAACAUCGAAUUCGCAUACCCAUCAAGACCAGAGAGCAUAAUCUUCAAAGAUUUAUGUCUGAAAAUACCAGCAGGGAGGACAGUAGCCUUAGUUGGAGGAAGUGGUUCAGGGAAGUCUACAGUAAUCUCUUUAUUGGAGAGGUUUUAUAAUCCACUCGAGGGAGAGAUUCUAGUUGAUGGAGUUGCCAUUAACAAGCUUCAACUCAAAUGGUUUCGAUCUCAGAUGGGUCUAGUGAGCCAAGAACCUGCUCUAUUUGCCACCUCUGUUAAAGAAAACAUACUCUUUGGGAAUGAAGAUGCCACCAUGGAUGAGAUUAUUGCAGCUGCCAAAGCUGCAAAUGCUCACAACUUUGUAUCUCAAUUGCCACAAGGAUAUGAAACCCAGGUAGGUGAGGCAGGACUUCAGAUUUCGGGAGGACAAAAGCAAAGAUUAGCAAUCGCAAGAGCUAUAAUCAAAUCCCCGAAAAUCCUUCUCUUAGAUGAAGCAACAAGUGCAUUAGACUCCGAAUCGGAGAGAAUUGUUCAGGAAGCUCUUGACAAGGUCAUGAUCGGCCGAACGACUAUUGUCGUUGCUCACCGUCUUUCAACAAUUCGAAAUGCCGAUAUGAUUGCUGUAGUCCAGAAUGGUCAGGUUAUGGAAACUGGAACACAUGAAGAGUUGAUGCAAGAUGAGAAUGGAUUGUACACUGCCCUUGUUAGGAAUCAACAAACAGAGACCAAAAGCAAAGAUGAGACCCAAAUAAUGGUUUCUAGUUCAUCUUUACAUCUCUCAAGAGAAGAUGGUAAUAACAGUAGUAGCCGUAGAAGAUCUUCAAUUAAUAAAUCAAUCACUUCUAAUGCUAAGUCCAAAGUAGGAAUGGAAGUGACUCAAGUUGAAGUGAUCAAAGAAGAAGAGAUCCCCAUACCUUCAUUUAGAAGAUUGUUACUUCUAAAUCUUCCAGAGUGGAAACAAGCUGCCAUUGGUUGCACAAGUGCAGCAUUGUAUGGUGCAGUACAACCAGUGCAAUCAUUUUUGAUGGGUAGUAUGAUCUCUGUGUUCUUUUUGACUGAUUAUAAUGAGAUGAAGAUAAAGACUACCGCAUAUGCUUUGGCCUUCGCUGGAUUGGGUUUUUUCUCCAUUCUUGUGAAUGUAUCCCAACAUUACAACUUUGCUGCUAUGGGUGAGAACAUGACCAAAAGGAUUAGAGAGAGAAUGCUAUCUCAAAUUCUUACAUUUGAAGUUGGAUGGUUUGAUCAAGAUACCAACUCUACUGGAGCUGUUUGUUCUAGACUCGCUAAGGAUGCCAAUACGGUGAGAUCAUUGGUAGGGGAUCGAAUGAGUCUUCUCUUACAAUCUUUCUCCUCAGUCGUUGUUGCUUGCACCGUAGGUUUGAUAAUCUCAUGGAAACUAGCAGUUGUCCUAAUAGCCAUUCAACCUCUUCUCGUUGUAAGCCACUACAUACGCCGAGUCUUACUUCAACAAAUGACUAAAAAAGCUCUUAAAACACAAGACGAAAGCAGUAAACUCGCAGCUGAAGCUGUCUCUAACCAUCGAACAAUUACAGUAUUCUCUUCUCAAGAUCGAAUCCUUCGUUUAUUAGCUGAAGCUGAAGAAGGUCCAAGAAAAGAAAGCAUUCGUCAAGCAUGGUUUGCUGGUAUUCUCCUUGGUGCUUCACAAAGCAUGUUAUAUUUCACUAGAGCCUUUGAGUUUUGGUAUGGUGGGCAAUUAUUAUUGAAGGGUGAGGUCACAGCCACAGCUUUCUUUGAAGCCUUUUUCAUCUUAGUAAGUCUUGGGCGUGUUAUAGCUGAUGCAGGUAGCAUGACUAGUGACUUAUCUAAAGGAACUGAAGCUGUGGCUUCAGUAUUUGCUGUAUUGGAUCGAAAAACCCGAAUCGAAACCGAUGACCCGGAAGGUUUCCAACCCGAGAAAUUAACGGGUCAUGUGGAGCUCCGUGAUGUUGAUUUCUCGUACCCGGCUAGACCCGAUGUUGUUAUAUUUAGGGGGUUUUCUAUCAAUAUCCGACCCGGGAAAUCAACCGCGCUGGUGGGUCAUAGUGGGUCCGGGAAAUCAACCAUCAUUGGUUUGAUUGAUAGAUUCUAUGAUCCACUUAAAGGGACGGUUGAGAUUGAUGGGAGGAAUAUCAGGUCAUAUAAUCUAAAGGCUUUGAGGAAACAUAUUGCAUUGGUAAGUCAAGAACCAACAUUAUUUGCAAAGACAAUUAGAGAGAAUAUUCUUUUUGGGAUUUCAGAUCAGACGGUUGGUGAGGCAGAGAUUGUGGAAGCAGCUAAGGCUGCUAACGCUCAUGAUUUCAUUACAGCACUUAAAGAUGGGUAUGAUACGUUUUGUGGAGAGAAAGGGACACAGUUAUCAGGAGGGCAGAAGCAGCGCAUUGCGAUAGCCCGUGCUAUACUGAAAAAUCCAGCAAUUUUGUUGUUGGAUGAAGCAACAAGUGCACUCGAUACACAAUCAGAGAAAGUAGUACAAGAAGCAUUGGAAAGGUUGAUGGUGGGAAGGACUAGUGUGGUUGUGGCUCAUCGAUUGAGUACAAUACAAAACUGUGAUUUGAUUGCUGUGUUGGAUAAAGGCAAGGUGGUAGAAAAAGGGACCCACUCAUCACUUCUUGCUAAGGGGCCCACAAGUGCUUACUACUCCCUUGUUAACAUCCAACGAGCGGCCCAUAUGGACUGAUGUGUCUUCUUGAUGAGAUGA